AUGGUAGGGCAGAUUCGAUCCAGACCCGGACAGCAACGUCGCAGAAAGAAGGCCUCGCAAGCUGCACGGGACCGUCGAAAUAAAACGUCAUCCCUAACGCUUUUGGCAGCAUGUGAGAAUAUUUCAUCCCCAGGACCCCUGAGCGGAACUGCAGGAGACAAAGUGAAGUUCACCACCAACCUCAGCCCCCCAGACAGUCCAUUUCUGUCUGUCAGCUGGACCUUUAAAAGCGUGAACAUCAUCACUUCCACCAGCACCAACAUUACCGAGCCAGGACACAGUAACAGGAUCUCAUUAGAUCGAGCCACAGGAGCCCUGGAGCUCAGGAACCUGGUGCUGGGGGACAGCGGGGAGUACACACUCACCAUCAUACCAGACGGGGGACUGCAGAAAGUGGGGAGGAUCACUCUCAAUGUGUAUGUACCGAUAACUGGAGCCACCAUCCGCAGCCCUGCAGCCGUCCUGAUAGAGGAUCAAAGCUCCACCAACCUCACCUGUGAGGCCUCCGGCUCCAUCAGCACCAGAGAGUGGAUAAAGGAUGACAGUGUUCUUCAUCUCAGUGACAGCGUUAGCUUAUCAGUGGACAACAGGACCGUGUUCAUACGACCCGUUCUCAGUUCUAGCCACGGCACCUACCAGUGUCGAGUCAGCAACCCAGUCAGCAGCCUGAGUGUGACUCUCUAUCUCACUGUCAACUAUGGACCAUAUAACAUAUCAAUUAUUGGGCCGUCAGCAGCUUGGCCUGGCCACAGAGUGACAUUGCAGUGCACAGCCGUUUCUGUCCCUCCAGCAAACUUCAGCUGGGCAUUUAACGGCAACGACACACAUGUCAAUUCCUCCGUGUUUGUUAUAGAGAAGUUGGAGUCUAAAAACAUUGGGAAUUACACCUGCACUGCCAGAAACAUGGUGACCAUGAAGGAAAAUUCUACUGUUCUGGAUCUGAGAGCAUCCUGUAGUGCCCCCUGUUGGUCAUUCUCAACCUUUGUCAUCAGCACAAUUAAUCUGAAAGGGUUAAUAUAAAUGCACAUAAAGAGGAACGCCUCCAAUGAAGCUGAAACAUUGAAUUCUGCAGAAAGCUGAGAUGGACUUGAUGUGAAAGAGAAACUCUUGCACUGUUUUAAAAAAAUUAUAGUUAAAUAGACAGACCUGUGGAAAUGCAUUUUCAUUGCAAUUAUACCUUAUUUUUAUUAUUCAUGAAGUCAUACAGUUAAGUCCAAACCUAUUCAUGUGUGGAAGAUUUAGGUUUAUCAUAAUUUUCAGAUUUUACCAUGUUUUUUUCUAACUGGAAGUUUUAUUUAUGGAGUGGUCCUACCAGAGUACUGAUGAGGAAGCUUAAGAUUAGGGUUAUGGCAAGGAGGCCAUCGAACCACAAAGAGCUGAAGCUCAUCCAAAUACCAUUAGAAACAUGCAAAAAGCUGGUCAGCAGGUAUAAGCAGAGUUUGACUGCUGUAAUGUCAACAAAUAUUUUUUACAGAGCCAUUGUUUAAUCAAAGCUAAUUAAAAGCACACAUAUUAUUUUACAAACUGAAACUUCUUUUGCUACGCUAUUUUAUCAUUUUAGCCGUGCAUGUCUAAUUUCCAAUCAGAUACAAACUUCUGGGUUGAUCAAAUAAAUGUUUAAAACCAAAUCAGACAUUUAACAUUUUUGAGCUUAAUUCUCUUUGCAUCAACACAUCAACUGAUAUCUCAUGUUAUUGUUUUCUGUUUUCCAUAUAUUUAAACGUAAGGCUCAAAGCUGGUUUUAAAAAUUGUCUUGAAUGUCACAUAAAAUAAAUAAGCAAGGAUUUUUCUUUACUCAAGGCUUUUGAGGUGGCAAAAGAUAAUAAUUAUAAUAACUCACCCACCAAACAUUAAUUAGAAUCAACAGAAAUGUUGGCAGUCGUUUGUUUUCUGUCAGAAUUUCCUUGUUAAUUCCUCAGCACAAAUAAAAAACAACAGGAUCUUAACCUGAAUUAUAUAAAUGAACUUUCUGUAUAUCUGCUGUUUUUAUAUUGUUUUUUGUUUUUUAAUAAUGAAAUAACCACAGUAAUA